AUGGGCGUCCAAGACACAGGAGUCGACGUCUCCGAGACGGCUACGGGAACAGAUGACACCGCACACCCUUUGUCCGAUCUGGAGAGUGGCGCACCGGAUGAAGGAGUGUUCAAGUACACAUCCAAGGUCAUUCCGUAUUUCAGAAACCGCAGGAAUGUACUCAUCUUCAAGCUGGACUGCCUCCUUCUUCUUUGGAUGUUCGUGGCCGGGCUGAUGAAAGAGAUGGACCAAUCGGCAACAACCCAAGCUUAUGUCUCUGGGAUGCGGGAGUCUCUUGGCCUCUACGGAAAUGAGCUCGUCAUGUUCACCACGUUCUUUUCCAUUGGGUAUGCGCUGGGGCUUGUCCCUGGGCAACUGAUCCAGACCAGGUUCCGACCUUCGAUAUUCCUACCGCUGUGCGAGAUCACCUGGGGUCUCCUUGUCCUCUUCACGUACAAGGCUCCCAACGCCCAGACUGUGUACGGUCUUCGCUUCUUCCUGGGUCUCUUCUCGUCUGCGUUCUGGCCGAGCGUGGUGUCCCUCAUUUUCAACUGGUACACACCGUCUGAGCUCGCGCUCCGCCUGGCAUUCUUCAAUGUCUCCGAUGUUGCUGGAGCCAUGUUCCUGGGUGCGCUUCAGGCCACUCUCUAUACCAACAUGAAUGGUGUCCACGGUCUGGGAGGGUGGCAAUGGCUCUUCAUAAUAGCCGGCGCAAUCACCGUCGGUCAGGGACUGCUCGGCUUCCUGACCAUUCCCGACUCACCUGCCAACACCAGAGCCCUCUGGCUCAACCCAGCAGAGAAGCGGCUGGCAAGGCUGCGCAUGGGCGAGUCGGGCAUCAACACCACAGUGCGCAUUCCCCCCUCUGUCCUGAAGAAGAAGUUGCGGCACAUCAUCGUCCAUCCGAUCACAUACUUCUUUCUCUUCGCCUUCGCCCUCACGGCCUGGUCGCACCGCGCCAACUCGUACUUCGUGCUCUACCUCGAGAGCCUGGGCUACGACACAUACCACGUGAACGUCAUCCCUCUUGGUGGCUAUGCGCUGCAGAUCGUCACGAAUCUCAUCUUCAACUCCCUCUCGGACUGGAAGCAUUGGCGCUGGCAGAUCAGCAUUGGGUCCGCGUGCGCUCUGGGCGUGUGCCUAAUCGUGCUCUGCGCGUGGCCCCCCAACAGCACCGCAAUCCUGACGUUCUACUUCCUCUCGUAUGCCACCAACGCGGGCCAGCCGAGCUUGAUGGCCUGGAUGGCAGAGAUCCUGCGGAAGGAACCCGAGGCGCGGUCUAUUAUCGUGGCUAUGACCGUCACUAUUGUGUAUAUCGGUCAUGCAACGAUCCCAUUGCGGGCGUGGCGUGUGGCCGACUCGCCGAGGUAUCCUGUGGGCUUUCCGCUUGUUACUGCCUUUAUGGCAGCGUCGAUAUGCGUGCAGCUGGGGAUGUUGUGGUGGGAUAGACGGCAUCCUGAUAUUGCUGAUCACGGCUUUGAGAAAUAUGCCAGUGGAGAAAUUGAGGUUUCAGCUGAUGACGAGAAACCUCCGCGUAAAGAGGAAUCUGUAUAG